UUUGCAUUUGAUCAUUGUUUCUGGUCAAUGCUGGAAGGUGACCCACGAUUUCAGGGACAAGAAGCAGUAUUUGAGGCCCUGGGGGUGGAGAUUUUAGAAAGGGCAUAUGAAGGAUAUAAUGGCUGCAUUUUUGCUUAUGGACAGACAGGAUCUGGAAAAUCGUACUCCAUGAUGGGUACCCACGAACAGAAAGGUAUAAUCCCUCGACUAUGUGAUACAAUGUUUGAAAAAAUUAAGACCAGCACUAAAGAAGACUUGGUGUAUAAAGUUGAAGUCUCCUAUAUGGAAAUUUAUAACGAGAAAGUCCAUGAUUUACUUGAUCUCAAAGGAAAUAAACAGAAUUUAAAAGUGCGCGAACACAGUAUAUUAGGUCCUUAUGUUGAUGGUUUAUCAAUGCUGGCUGUCUCUUCAUUUGAGGAUAUAAAUAACCUUAUGAACGAAGGAAAUAAAUCCAGAACUGUGGCUGCUACCAACAUGAACAAUGAGAGCAGUCGGUCACACGCUGUCUUCAACAUAGUCCUUACACAGACCCUCACAGACCUGGCUUCUGGGGUAUCAGGAGAGAAAGUGAGUAAAUUGAGUCUGGUAGAUUUAGCUGGAAGUGAACGAGCUCAGAAAACAGGAGCUGUAGGUGAUAGACUGAAAGAGGGCAGUAACAUCAACAAGUCCCUGACAACCCUUGGUUUGGUGAUCUCAAGUCUUGCAGACCAAGCUGCCGGCAAAAACAAAAAUAAAUUUGUACCCUACAGAGAUUCUGUGUUAACAUGGCUGUUAAAGGACAAUCUUGGUGGUAACAGUAAAACAGUAAUGAUAGCGACCAUCAGUCCAGCUGGUGAUAAUUAUGAAGAGACCCUGUCCACGUUACGUUACGCUGACCGUGCCAAGAGAAUUGUCAACCAUGCUGUCGUUAAUGAAGACCCUAACGCUAGAAUCAUACGAGAUUUACGUGAAGAACUAGAGAUGCUACGCAAUCAACUCAGAGAUGCACAGAGCAUGCAGGCGCCAGAUCUCAAAGACAGGCUGCAGGAAUCAGAACAUUUGAUGAAGGAAAUGACGAAGACUUGGGAAGAAAAAUUAAAAGAGACUGACAUGAUCCAUACUCAACGACAUAAUGCCCUAGAACAGAUGGGAAUAUCAGUGGAAACAUCUGGUAUCAAGGUAGAACAGGGCCGAGCUUUCCUCGUUAACCUUAAUGCUGACCCCUCACUUAACGAACUUCUAGUCUACUACUUGAAGGAGCACACUUUAGUUGGUUCCCACAAUGCCAGAGUCAAGCAAGAUAUUCACCUAUCAGGAUUGGGAAUUCUACCAGAGCACUGUGUUGUUGAUAUAGAUAACAAUGAAAUCUUCCUGACUCCCUUUGAUGGAGCAAGAACAUGUGUAAAUGGUUCAGUGAUAAAAGAUAAAACGAAAGUAAAACAUGGAGAUCGGAUAUUGUGGGGAAAUAACCAUUUCUUCAGAGUCAAUUGUCCCAAACCAACCAACAGUCCCCAGUCCUCAGAACCAGAGAAUCAGUUGAUAGAUUAUGACUUCGCUCAGCAUGAACUGAUGAUGAAAGAACUAGGGGAUGAUCCCAUACAGGAGGCCAUCGGGGCCAUAGAGAAACAACAUGAAGAGGAGAAACAAGAGGCUCUCGAUAAACAGCGUCAAAUGUACGAACGACAGAUGCAGAUGUUGCGUAACAAAUUGAUGUCACCAGGCAACCCAUCGUUUCCCAUGCAGCUGUUCGAGAUGCCCCGACUAACACCAACUGGUAACCCCACCACACAAAACAGUAUACAGAAAAAAUACCAGCAAUGGGCUGUUGACAGGGAAAAAUCUUUCAAACAGAGUUUAUCCAAGUUAAGAGAAGAGGUUGUGAAGGCCAAUACUCUGGUUCGUGAAGGCAACUUCUUGUCACAAGAGAUGAACAAACAAACAGAAUUUCAUGUGACCUUACAGAUUCCAGCUUCCAAUCUUAGUCCCAAUAGACGAAGAGGAGCAUUCAUAAGUGAACCCGCCAUCUUAGUGAAGCGGCAAGGUCGACCGAAUCAGAUCUGGUCCAUGGAGAAGCUAGAGAAUAAAGUGAUAGAUAUGAGAGAAGUGUAUGAGGAAAGACGGAAUCGUGGUUUACCAAUGAUGGAUGAAGGUCCACCUCAGAAAGGAGAUCCAUUCUAUGAAUCACAAGAGAACCACAAUCUGAUUGGUGUAGCUAAUGUAUUUUUAGAUUGUUUAUUUUAUGAUGUCAAACUGGACUAUCAUGUUCCUAUUAUUAGUCAACAAGGAGAGAUAACUGGUAAACUGCACAUAGAGCUGUCCAAAGUUGGUGGAGCAGUAUUGGACAGAUAUGUUGAUAUACAUGAAAGCGGGGAGGAAAAUUCUGUGCCUAUGGGAGCACCUUUGUUAGUGAGAGUGUGUAUAAAAGAAGCAAGAGGCCUGCCACCAGCACUCUGCCAUUUUGUGUUUUGCCAGUACUCGUUUUGGGGAUUGUCUGAUACCAUUGUAGUUGCUCCUGAAAUUAAUCCUGACAACUUGACUGAGAAACACGAUCAAAGUCUUUCAUUCAUAUUUAACCACCAAAAGGAUUUCCGAAUUCCAAUAACAGAAGAAUUUAUUGAGCAUUGUUCUGAAGGAGCCUUAUCAAUAGAAGUAUGGGGUCAUCGGAGUCAGGGAUUUGGAAUAAAUGGGUCCCUAAUUGAUUCCACGUCAGUUAAAACCAGAACCCUUAUUGAUAGAUGGAACGAGGUCAUGCGGAAGAUUGAAUUCUGGGUAGAAAUUCAUGAAUUAAAUGAUCAAGGUGAAUAUGUUGCUGUGGAAACAACUCACAGACCUGAUGUCCCUUGUGCUGGCAUCUUUCAACUCAGACAGGGUCAUUCAAGAAGAGUUCUGGUCAGAGUUAAACCAGUGGCAAACUCUGGAACCCUGCCAUUGAUCUGUGAAGCUAUAACGUCCAUUAGUGUAGGCUGUAUCACGGCUCGUUCCAAACUACAGAAAGGACUGGACAGUUACCAAGAAGAAGACUUGAACCAUUUACGAGAGCGCUGGACAGACGCUCUGAAACGACGUAAAGAAUACCUGGAUGAACAAAUUCAACAGUUGAUUAACAAACCAGACAAAUCUGAAGCAGAUGCUGAAAGAGAAAGAGCUCUGAUAGAACAGUGGGUGAGUCUAACAGAAGAACGGAAUGCUGUAUUGGUACCAGCUCCUGGCAGCUGUAUUCCAGGUGCUCCUGCUGAUUGGGAUCCACCACUAAAUGUGGAAGAACAUUCACCUGUUUUAUUCCUGGAUCUUAAUGCUGAUGAUAUGUCCACACCUAACACUAAGGAAGGUCUGCAAGCUGCUGGUGUCAACUCUAUAUUACCCAAAGAACAUGGUUCACAGUUGAUCAAUCUUCCCAUUACUAAAUCUUUCCCAGAGAAAGAAAAUGUUUGUGCUGUUGCAUCAUGGGAUUCCUCCAUCCACGACUCUCAACAUUUAAAUCGUGUGACGCCAGCCAAUGAGAGGAUCUACGUUAUUUUAAAAGCGGUAGUAAGAUUAAGUCACCCGGCAUCCAUGGAACUGGUUUUAAGAAAACGUCUGUGUAUCAACAUCUAUAAGAAACAGAGUUUGACUUCAUUCACUCAUAUGUUAAAAAACAGGAUUAUUGGAACGGACUAUUUGACAUCCAGUUCUAUAAUCUAUGAAGUUGUCUCUAACAUUCCAAAGGGAUCAGAAGAUUUAGAAGAAAUGGAAACUUUGGCUCAAAUGGCGGCUUCCCCCAAUCAAAUAAAUUCUUCAGAUGGUGAAACAUAUAUCGAAAAAUAUAUUAGAGGUAUCUCAGCAGUAGAAAGUAUCUUGACAUUAGAUAGAUUACGACAGGAAGUAGCUGUCAAGGAAUUACUGGCUGUGACUGGACGAUCUGGAGGAAUGUUACGUAAAACGACCAGUGUUCCUAACAUUAAUCAGGUAACUAGGACAGAUGGUAGGACAAACCGCUUUUACACUCACAGCUUGAGUAGGACAGAUGGUAGGACAAACCGCUUUUACACUCACAGCUUGAGUAGGACAGAUGGUAGGACAAACUGCUUUUACACUCACAGCUUGAGUAGGAUAUAUGGUAGGACAAACUGCUUUUACACUCACAGCUUGAGUAGGACAGAUGGUUCCAAGUCCGUAAUGAGUCCCCACUCUCUGAAAUUGAUGAAACCAAUGACAACACUGCUUGAAGAACAAAACCAUCGGGAACAAAAACCAUUGUUACACCAGAGCACUGAAGAGGAACUUGAUGAAGAAGACGAAGAUGAUCUUGGGGUCAAACCAGUUCAUCACCUUGACGACCAUCAACACGAUUCCGACGAUUUUCAAGAAUUUGAGUCUUUUCAAAGUCAACAAACCCGGGUUCAAAGUUCAAUGAACAACAUGACCCAUUCUUCAACCAACGACAGUUUAGUGGAAGGUCAAACCAAGAGUUAUACCCCUUCCAUGACCUCUAGUGGGUACGCCAGUCAGGCUGUUUCUACCUUGACACUAUCCUCGGAAGAUUCCAUGAGCAUCAAAUCUAUUGAAGAACAUGGCGACGGAAAAGGGAAAAAAAUGCGGCAGAAGUCAGCUAGCACAGAGACUAGUAGUGAGACCGAACCAUUUUUUCAAUCAAAUGACCCUAAACUUGACAAUCAGACGAAGAAUUCUGAAGCUGAUACUAAGGAUUUAGAAAAUGGACAAAAAACCAGUGAUGGAAAAGAGACAACAGAAUCUGAAUCAAGCAUUGAAAAAGAUGCUAAUAAUCCAGAAAUGAAAAAGGAAUCAGAGAAAACGAUAGACAUAAAGGAAUCCCAAAAUGUGGAAUCGGAAAGCUCAAAAGCUGAAUCAUCUUCUGUGAAUGCUCUGGAGGAACUUGAAAAAUUACAAGACAUUGACGAAGAUGCUGAUGAGUCUUCUCAGCCACUCAGUGAUAAGUCGCAUUUAAAUCGACCAAUCAGUGAUGAAUCUUUAAAUAAAUCAUCCAAUGAGGUGAAGUCUUUAGACAGAGCUGAUGUUUUGAGAAGGAAAGGCUCGUCUGUACCCUCCUGGGUAAAGGAAGGAGAGGGCGUCACUGUCACCUCUUCCAGGGGUACUGUACCCAAGUCUGGUGUGGUCAGAUUCGUGGGUCAAGUGGAUUUUGCUGCUGGAAAUUGGAUUGGUGUAGAGCUAGAUCAACCUGAAGGUAAAAACGACGGGUCUGUGAAUAAACAACGCUAUUUUAAAUGCCGUUCUCGGCAUGGGAUAUUUGUUCGUCCAGACAAACUCAUCUGGGAUAAGAAGAGGAAAAGUGUCAAAGGUCAAAGUUCACGACGGAGUUCGGGUAUGACCUCAUCAGUGUCAAGUGGAAGCUUGUCAGGUUCGAAGGGUAGAACGCCCACCAAAAAAUAA